AUGGCGUUGGAACUGGGUUUUGAGGUGGUCUCCUCUGAGGCCUUGCCGAACAUGGUCAAGGGAGGGUAUGAGAACUGGACAGAUCGCGUUCAGGCUAAGGCCCAACAGCUGGCGGGUGGUCUGUCUGUGUCGCAGGAGGCGUUGAAGGAGAAGCGGAUGGUAGCUCGUGAUCAACUCUACCAAGGCCUGGUGGAGGAAUUCAAAGCGCAGCAUCCUGCCUUUACCCAGAACCGACUGGGAAAUGACCUACAACCGGAGCGACCAGUGGUCAAGGCGAUUGCGACCCAGGCAGGGGUUGUGGUUGUUUUGCGAAAACCAGUACUUCAGUGA